AUGACAGUGUUUGUCUUCUAUACCGACAAUGUUAAGCCAUUGGCAGGUGUAAAAAUUCUGGAUCUAACAAGAGUACUGGCGGGACCUUUUGCUACUAUGAAUUUGGGAGAUCUUGGAGCAGAAGUUAUUAAAGUAGAAAGACCAGGAGUUGGUGAUGACACACGAACUUGGGGGCCACCUUUUGUGGGCACGGAAAGUACAUAUUUUCUCAGUGUUAACCGAAAUAAGAAAAGUAUAGCUGUUAAUAUCAAGGAUCCAAAAGGGGUGAAAAUCAUCAAAGAGCUUGCAGCUGUGUGUGAUGUAUUUGUGGAAAACUAUAUCCCUGGAAAACUGUCUGCUGUGGGUCUGGGAUAUGAAGAUGUAGACAAGAUUGCGCCUCACAUCGUCUAUUGCUCCAUCACAGGGUAUGGACACACAGGUCCCAUGUCGCAGCGAGCUGGUUAUGAUGCUGUUGCCUCUGCUAUUUCUGGUCUGAUGCACAUCACAGGGCCUGAGGAUGGAGAUCCAGUUCGUCCAGGUGUUGCCAUGACUGAUCUUGCCACUGGCCUGUAUGCCUAUGGAGCCAUUAUGGCCGGAUUGAUCCAAAGAUGUAAAACUGGAAAAGGAGUGUUCAUUGAUUGUAACCUACUGUCAUCACAGGUGGCAUGUUUGACCCAGGUAGCUGCUAAUUAUCUCAUUGGCCAAAAGGAAGGGCAACGUUGGGGCACAGCUCAUGGAAGUAUUGUUCCUUACCAGGCUUUUAAAACCAAGGAUGGCUAUCUUGUGGUUGGAGCAGGAAAUAACCAACAGUUUGCUACUAUGUGCAAGCUCUUGAACUUACCUGAAUUGAUUGAUGACUCCAAGUAUAAAACCAACCAUCUUCGGGUACAAAAUAGAAAAGAGCUUAUUAAAAUACUGUCUGCACGGUUUGAAGAAGAAAUGACUGCCACGUGGUUGUGUAUCUUUGAAGGCUGUGGAAUCCCUUAUGGCCCAAUCAAAAACAUGAAGGGUGUAUUUGCAGAACCCCAGGUAUUACACAAUGGCCUCGUUAUGGAGAUGAACCAUCCAACAGUGGGGAAGAUUUCAGUUCCAGGCCCAGCUGUGAGAUACAGCAAGUUCAAGAUGUCAGAGGCCAGGCCACCUCCCCUGCUCGGGCAGCAUACAAUGCACAUCCUGAAGGACGUCCUCAGAUAUGAUGACAGGACCAUUGGGGAGCUGCUCAGCACUGGUGUGGUGACCCAACACGAGGCCAAGUGAUACAGGAAAAAGGCUCUCAGAACACAAUCUGAGUGCAUUUUGCUGUCAAAAGCAGUUCUCCAUCUGGAUCCUUCUUCCCUCAUCUGAUGCCACGAUGAAGCAGUUAGAGGAACUCCAGGUUUCCUGCCUGGCAUCUCUGGAAUGACUCUGGGACGAAUGAGUCCUCUGCACUUCAACUGCACCCCACAUCAUAUUCCCUAGGAACUUUUUUCAGAUAAUAGUCUAACUGUGCAUUUGUGGAUUUUUAAAAUAAAGAUUUAAUUCUGUUCUCACUGCAGAGAAGUAUGUAAAGUGACAGGUAUGCUAAGUGUUUUGGUUCGAUCCUUUCAUAAUGUAUAGAUGUAUGGAAACAGGACAUUGUACUCCAUAAAUACAUGCAAUUCCUAUUUGUUAAUUAAAAGUAAAAUGAAUCUUUAAAUGAUUUAAUUUUUUUUCUGGAAAAAUUCGCUCCUCAUUCUAAUUAUGCUAAUGGCCUAAAUGUUUGCCUGUUCUGCCCACACAAGCCUGAAAAAGUGCACAUCUCUUGACGUUCUCUACUUGUACAUAAAGUCCUCAUUUAAAUCUUUGUUAGGAAGUCAAAGUAAUAAGCAGGAUGACAGUCCUGGUGAUGGAUUUUAAACAGAAUAACUUAAUUUUGAGCUCUUGAACCCUUCGUUAGUCUGUAAUUUAAACCACGGGCUUUGCUGAUGUCCCUUGUAAAACUGAGCUCCAUUCUCUGCUGUGGGAGUAAAUAUUUGCUUUAUGUUGUAUUUCUCUGGUGAUUUCAUGAUACGUGGCAGAAAAUCAAUUUCUACCAAUGCUCUUGGAGUAUAGGCAUCUAUCUGCAUGAGUGGGUGAGUAGUGACUCUUCAACUAGUACCGUAUUUUGAGGCACAUCCAAACACAACAGGCUUUUAAGUGAAUGCUGGAUAACUUUCCAGGUAUCAAAUAAAGUAUAAAUAAUGACAAAUAGGAGAAUGACAGGAAAACAUUUGUUCAUUGUCUGAGUGCCCACUGUAGAAGACAAUAUCAUGCUUCAUUUUGUCAGCAAAUGCAAAGUACAGAAAAUCUUCUGUCUAGAAGAUGAGAAAUUAUUAGGACACACCUUUCAGGAUAAAUUGACAAUCAAGAUUGCCAAGACUAGGUACAGACCAGAGAAUCACACGCCCCAUGACCAGUAUCCUGAUGUGACCUCAAUUCAUGCUGUUAGGCACACGUACUUUAAAAGCAAUGUCAUUACAUGCCAAGUGGUAAUUGGAGGCAAGUUACAGAUGUUAAUCUUUCAAACAGUGAUUUAGAGCUCGUAUUCUUUACAUGUUCUUUUCAAUUGGAAUGAUUUGAGUCAUUUAUUCAUGCUGUAAAGACCAAUAUGUUUCUAGAAUCAAUGAUUCCAAACAAAUAAAAUCCUUAUCUGCUGACAAGACCUCAAGAGAUAUUUUAGAAGAAUGCUUACAAUUUUUAAAGUGAUUAAGGUCUCCCUUGCUUUGCUUUUUGUGAAAAGCAAAAGAACUCUUGCUGUUCAAGAACUCUUGAGAAUUUCAUCACACCUGUUCUUUUCCCCCCAUACCUAAUUCACAGAUUCAUGUUUGGAGACAUGUACUUCAGGUGCUGUGUUCAAACACAAUUUCUUUGUGUUCAUACAAUUAGUGUAGAAAUCGGUAAAAGAUUGGAUACAAAGAACUGACAAAACCACAUAUCCCAAAAAGCAGGUCUACUAUUUCUCCUGCUGACCCAGGUAGAUAUCUCAAAAUAUAAAUUAGUUUCUGAGCAAUAAUCUGAAACACCCAAAAAGCCAUAUGAAGAGAGACCUUGAUCCCCUAAUAGGGAUCAGAAAAUGCUUCUAAAACUUUCAAGCCAAUAAAGACAUUUCAAACAUUUUUGUCACCGCUGAAACA